AUGAUGUUUAAUGUGUUCAAGGCCAUGAGCUACCCACAGGAGUCACUAGGAGAGUGUAUGAGGUUGGAUGCAGUGGAAAUUGUGGUGCAAGAAACCUUUGAGGAAGCACUUGAAGAAGUGACAGAAGAUGAUCCCACAUUAAAUGUUGAGGUUGCUGAUAUCAAAUCAACUGAAGUGCCCAUCCCAAGCUCACCAAAGGGAAGGAAAAAGGAGAAAGAAGCACCCAAACUUGAACUGAAGGCAUUGCCUCUUACUCUUAAGUAUGCAUACUUGGGAAGUGAUGAAAUGUUAGGACAGAGGAAAGGUAACUUAGUGCAUGUUAUAUACUAUGCUAGCAAAGUCCUAAAUGAAUCCCAAAGGAACUACGCAACUAAUGAGAAGAAAUUACUGGAAAUAGUGUUUGCAUUUGAUAAGUUUAGAUCAUAUCUCAUUGGAUCUAAAAUAAUUGUUUUCACUGAUUAUGCAACAUUGAAAUAUCUACUUGCCAAGCAAAAAUCAAAACUAAGGCUGAUAAGAUGGAUUUUGUUGCUGCAUGAGUUUAACAUUGAGAUUAAAGACAAGAAAGGAGUAGAAAACAAGGUGGCAGAUCACUUGUCAAGGAUUCCCUGUGAAGAAGGAAGUACACAAAGCUUGAAUAUAAAUGAAUGUUUCCCUGAUGAGCAACUAAUGUUGGUUCAUAAAGUACCAUGGUUUGCAGACAUUGCAAAUUUUAAGGCUACUGGGGAGGUGCCUCUAGAAUUCAACAAACAUCAGAGGAGGAAGCUUAUUAAUGAUGCCAAGUAUUUUAUCUGGGAUGAACCAUACCUUUUCAAGAAAUGUUCAGAUGGAAUACUUAGAAGAUGCAUUUCAGAGAAAGAAGGAAGGGAACUUUUAUGGAAUUGUCAUGGUUCUUGCUAUGGAGGACACUUUGGAAGAGAAAGGACUGUAGCCAACGUACUACAAUGUGGAUUUUUUUGGCCCACUAUCUUCAAAGAUGCAAAAGAAAUGGUACAACACUACAAUGAAUGCCAAAGAGCAGGGAACCUACCCAAAAGAAAUGAAAUGCCACAACAAUUCAUCUUAGAACUUGAGUUAUUUGAUGUAUGGGAUUGA